AUAUCAUUCACCAACAAUUUCACAAGCACCGGGCCUUCGUUUCGUUCCGACAUACUCCGAACAAUGUCAAAUCGUUCCCAGUCACAGCGGGAAGUCGAUGCAGCAUAUACCGUACAAGUGAGGGCCGCGACGAAGGGAGCAGCCCGAGCAGGAGCUUUCGGCGUUGGAGUCGUCACGUUUGCCCAUUAUGCGUGGCCACUCUUCCGACGACAGACACUACCGUUCAAAGCAUUCCUGGUCUCCGGAUUCACCAUGGCGGGUCUGGUGAUUGGGGCAGAUAACGCCCUUUUAAGUCACGAGGCAGAAAGGCGACAGUCUGAACAUGCUAUUCGCCGUGAAGCCAGGAUAGACCUUGCUCGCCGAGGACUCGUCGGCACGGAAACUGAAAUUGCCAAGUGGCGAGCAGAAAGGACUCGACAGAUGGAAGAACGAACGAACAAUGGAAAUCUUCCUGACGCCUCUGUUCAGACUGGUUGAGAUCAUCAAUACGAGAUGUAGAGGAAGCACGGAUUGAAAGCACUACAUAGAUACGACGUGCGACAGAGACUUUCUGAAGAAUAUCGAACUUGACCGGUGAAGCUUUGAAGUUUAA